UGGCUUGUCACGUGACCCCUGUGUCCUUGGUUUGCUAGCUUUGACAUGUGAGCAGCAGCAAACAUGUCUCUCACUAAAAAACCCGGCGCUAAAGCUUUGGAUGUUUUGCAGAAUCUACCUAGAAUAUCUUUAGCGAAUCUACGACCGGAACCAGGAUCAAAGAAAGCGGAUAAGCGGCGAGGCAGAGGACAGCACGGGGGGAACAGGAGCGGUAGAGGCCACAAAGGAGAGCGGCAGAGGGGGAACAUACCUCGGCUGGGCUUUGAGGGGGGGCAGACCCCCUUCUACUUGGUGGUUCCCAAAUAUGGCUUCAAUGAAGGCCACAGUCGGCGUCCACAGUACCAGCCUUUGACGCUGAAACGACUGCAGUAUUUGAUUGAUCUGGGGCGGGUUGACCCAACGCAGCCAAUAGACCUCACCCAGCUUGUCAAUGCCAGGGGAGUGACCAUCCAGCCUCUGAAGAGGGACUAUGGAGUGCAGCUUGUUGAUGAGGGCUCAGAAAUAUUUGCAGCUAAAAUCAACAUUGAGGUUCAGAGAGCGUCUGAAGGAGCCAUAGCUGCCAUCGAACGGAACGGAGGCGUCAUCACCACCAGUUUCUAUGAUCCCAUAAGUCUCGGAAUCCUUAUCAAGCCCGUCCCAUUCUUCAUGAGAGGGCAGCCGAUCCCGAGGCGUAUGCUGCCAGGGGAGGACAUGGUUCCAUAUUACAUGAGUGCUGAAAACCGAGGUUACUUAGCAGAUCCGGAAGAAAUCCAGCAGGCCCGCCGCGCUCUGGCGCAGAAGUACGGCUACGUGCUGCCAGAUAUUUCAAAGGAUGAACUGUGUCACAUGCUGGCCAUGAGGAAGGAUGUUCGACAGAUCUUCUUUGGCCUGUCUCCAGGCUGGGUCGUUAACAUGCCAGAGAAGAAGAUACUGAAACCAACCGAUGAGAAACUGCUGAAAUAUUACUCCUCAUAGUUGUUCGCAUUAAAAACAUUCUUUAUAUUUACCCAGAAUAAACAUUAUGUUGAAAGUGA